GGCAGCGGGUGACGCUCAGGGCUGGGUCCGGCGGGGGGCGGCAGCAGGUGUGUGGGCGUGGCCGGGAAUCACAUGGACGCGAGGCGCAAAUCGGAUUGGCCGUGCCAUGCCGGCCGCAGCCAAUAGGAGAGUGGAGCGGCUGCAGGUCGCGCGGUGGGAUGGAGGUGGAUGAGGCGCUGCUGCCGCCGCUGCGGGAGCUGGGGGUCCCUGAGGCGGCGGCGCGCCGGGCGCUGGCCCUGACCGGGAAUGUGUCCGCGGAGGCGGCGGCGCAGCUCUACUUCGGCGGCCUGGAGACGCAGGAGCAGGUGGAUGGCGGCGGCUGCUACAAGAUGGUGUUUGUGGUGAACACGGAGCUCGCCAUGGGCGUCGGGAAGAUAGCAGCCCAGGUCGGACACGCAGCUGUUGGCCUGUACCAGUUAAUACAAGAAAAAUCCACUGGGAGGGAGAUGAUCUGUCAGUGGGAUGAAUAUGGUGCGAAGAAGGUUGUAGUUCAAGGAUCAAACACUGCCCACCUCAUGGAUCUGCAAGCAUUGGCUUUGAGCCUGGAGCUGCCAACAUACCUGGUGCAGGAUGCAGGGAGAACACAGGUUCCAACUGGAUCAUACACUGUCCUUGCCAUUAUCGGAGAAGAAGAAAUAGUGAAUCAGGUGACUGGGAAGCUGAGGCUGUUGAACUGAGAGCAGCACCAAAGCCUAUUAUUUCGUGCUGUACCUGACUACACGCUGUGGAAUUUGAAAGCAACCUAUGUGCAAUGUGGAGAAAGAAGCACCUGUUAACAGUAUCUCAGGUCCUUCAGAGAGUCAUGGGAACCAGACAGCUACUCUCCUUUCUACCUGCUGAAGCUGCAGGGGAGCAUGGUGCUAGGGUGAGGAGGCAGCUCUCUUCCUUUCAUUUGAGGGAGUCUGUCUUGCUAGACCAGGACUGUGAGAGGUAGUAUUGCUGAUCUACUGCAGGUGGAUUAGAGAGACUGCUGCACAUUUCUACCUCUAGCUUCCCUAGAAAUUGUCUUGGAAAAACAAGGCUUGUAUUUUCUGAAACGUGCUUAUGAACAAGAUGAAAUUCUGACAGACACCUUGCCUUUCCUUGAAGUCUCUGUGGUGAGCUUGUGGCUCUGUUAAUUCAUUGUGGCUUUUUAUUUUUGUGGGGGGAGAUGUAUGUCCUUUAAUCUCUUGCAUAAAAAUGGGUUUCAAAUAUUGGAUGAUUAAAUGACUAAGAACAUACACAGUUGUAUUAGGUAGGUUUAUGGGGGUCAGCUAGAUAUGAAGGGAGAAUAAACCCUCCUGUUUCAGAGCUGGGAAGAAAUUUCCAUUAUGGGCAGGUUAUUCCAUAAUUGCCUUCUACAGGAAUUUCUUGCACUUGUGUAUCUGAGACUAGCCAUUGUCAGAGAGAGGAUAUAGGAUUAAAUAAACCCUUGGUUUGGCAAUUCC